CCCUCCCAAACAGCAGAUCAUUGAUCUUUAUAUCAUUACUGUCCGUGAAGCGGCUUAGUGCUACACGGCCAAAUAUCACUUCAAGGUGGUCAAUGGCGUCAUGGUCUCCGAUGUUGGUGCCACGCGAAUGGUGCGACAGCUUCCGUCGUCGCUGUCUCGUAAUCACUCAAUCGAUUAGUCCCUGCGUGCCCAUGUGCGCAGCAGGUGCAAUGCGCGUUGACUUUGAUCUGCUGUUGCCAUUCCAACUCUCGGCACCACCGACACACUCGAUCCGUUCGUCAGCACCUGCUGUCCUGCUGUCCUGCUGUCCUGCUGUCCUGCUGUCCUGCUGUCCGACCCCUCUACCGUCACAGAGCUGUCCACCGCAGCACCGCACCGAUCACUUCUCAAGACGCCGCCAUGCCGCAUCAAUCCAGUCAACACGACAGCUUCGAAGCCCUGGACGACGAUUUGCUGGCAGCGCUGGACGACGUGCUGUCUUUCUCGGAGCAAACCUCAUUGGCCGAUGCUUUCGCCGCGACGGAUGGCACUACACUAGGCGACGAGAUCGAUGCCAUGCUAUCGAUCGAAAUCCCACCACUACUAACGCCGAAAGAGCAGACACAAGCCGUCAGAAACCCAGCGACAGACAAACCCGUAAAGCCUGCAGGUCUCAAUCGAUCCGGUAGCGGUCGAAACCAGCAGACACCGUCAGUUCUCGGCAAGAAAGGCAAGGACGUCCGUACGACUCCGUACUCUAAGGCGACCAAGACUCGUCGUCGCAAGCGUCCGAAAGACGAACUCGACUACUUGCGCGCCAAAGUGACGGACAUGGAGGAGGAGCUGGCUGCGUUGAAGAAACCGGAAGUCGGGUCUCCCGCCGCCGUCAGCGCCGACGUCAUUUUCAACGGAGACUCCAGCGUCAGUGCUGAGUCUUCGCAAGACGUCUUGCUGUGCUGGAAGAAGAUAGCCGAGCGACAGAAAAAGGAGGCAGACCGCUCAGUUGUGGAGAAUUUGAGGCUUCGCGCGAUGUUGGAAGGACAACUCAAGGUCGCCAAGAGUCUAGAGGCCGCUAUCGACCAGCACCAACGAGAGGCGGCGCAGUCUCUUCCUACUUUCGGCAGUGACAACGGAGGUGUGCCUACUGUUAUGUCUGACGAGUUAAUCUUCGCGCAUCUAAACGAGAGUCUCGAAGCUCAGUACGCUGAGUUAGACACCGUCUUCGAGCUCAGUGGCAUCGCUCAUGUUAAUUAUGACAUGAACAACGGCACCAAGGCGCAUCACGACGCUAGUGGCGUCUCUAUCAGACACGAAGAAGUUCGUUUGCUACCAUUCUCAAUGGAAGCCGUACAUCGAGCGAUGUGGGGUAUUCUCCGGUACAGCACAGCCAAGGACAUGAUGCUGGGUCCUUUCCAGACUCAAGUAGUUGACGACAACCGUAUGAACGUCACUAUGAUCGAGAAGAUUCAGUUAGGCAAGACACAAGCGGAUAUCGUACGAAGAUUCGCGUUUCGCCGUGUGUUCGAAAAGAACCGUACUGUGGUGGUCUGGAGUUCCUACGUCGAGAUGGACGGCUCCGUCUUCGUGCGUCUAAGAGAGAAGGGCUACUGUACGAGUUCUUCGUUCAAUUUCGGAGCUGGAGUGCCCGGUUCAGUGACCCGAAUGGCAGUAUUAGCCAGCCCGGAAAUGACUGCGUUCGUGUCUCCUGAAGAACAGAAAGCUCACAUUGGCGAGAUGACGGAGCUAGUGGUCGGAACGUACCGUGUCAGUAUGGGAUUGAUGCACCAGAUAAUCGACACACUUCUACUGCGAGAAGCCAUGGGCGGAAAGAUCGAAGCAGUCGAAAGCCCAGUAGCCGCAGUAAGCUAAGCCAAACUCGCUGUAACUAUCAAAAUACAUAACUCCACCUAUUGUUUCGAUGCAUUAGCUG